AUGUCAUCAUAUGUGCACGACUCUGACAACCCUGCCUCGGAUUCUUUGAAUGCCGUGGAUAAGUUCUUAUGCGAGGAGUUGGCAAACAGUCGCGCCUGCACAUGCGGUCAGAAGUCAUACGAACAAGGUUCAAACACAUGCGAAGAUUUGGACAAGCAUGACAGGGUCGAAUGGGUGAACAAACAGAUGACGCAAGUCAUGCCCUGGUUCAAGUCAUACGUCAUCGAUGACUUUCACAGGGACACUUUUGUGGAGAGGCAUGGUGAUUCUUGGACGUUUGCAGAGCAGGUCAAACUCUGCAACAACAAGGCGCGUAGCACAUACAGGAACAAGGUCAACUCACGAGCUUUUCGGCGCAGGUCAAAAGCGGCCCUACAAAAUUCAAUUGAUCUCGGAGUGAGGGGAACUAUGCAAUAUUCGAUCCAUUCCGAUCAUUCGGAGUCAGUCCCUGAAAAAAUUGACAGGACAUUGGAACCGUCCAACGUUACUGCAUCUUCAUUUGCAACUGAACAGGGAAAGCUCGAGAAGAGGAAAGCGCAGGGCAGGGAAAGACAGAGGUUGCACCGUUUGAGGAAGGAGAAAAAGUUGGAGGCACAGAGGAGACAAAGGUUGGAGGAGACACAAGGGCUAGAGACAAGUUCGGACGGAUACCCUCUGUAUUCGGAUUCUUCCGGCAGAACAUGUGUCCAGGAAAUAACAGGAAAACCAUCGUUUGCUGCACAUGCGAACCAAUAUGAAAUCGUAGGCGGCUGUUCGACAGAUCCUAUGAGCAUCCCAGGGAGCAGUGCCCAUGAGGACCAGGUAUUUACACGUCUUGGAAGCUCAUUCGACCCCAAUUGGGUGACCGACUCUGAACGGUCACCAGUACCACACAGUCAGCCUUUCUUCGUCAACGCAAAUAAUCGUCUACCGAUAUUGCCUUCGGCUGAGCUGACGGGAGGGUCGGACCAACAAGAGGCGGUCUCGACUGUCGCACAUGAAGACCUUGCGCCGUCUGGGCUCUCUAUCACGAACGAACGUCAGAUUGAGGGAUCGAGAAUAGACUCGCCUGAUACGGCCUACACUAGCUUAGGGAAAAUCUUGUACGGGGAUUGGCGGCCGUCGUAG